GAUCAGGUCUCGCGUCAGUAUAGAACGGAGUAGAGUUCGAAGUACGCGAUACGAUACACGUCUAACCUAAAUUCCUUAUCUGGAAUUUCAUAUGUGAAAUACAGUGUCGCGGCGAAAUGAUAGCCAUCUCGAGAUUCGCGAUUAGAAACGGCUCCGCUGUUUCCCAGGGAAGAUACAUCGCAAGAACAUUAUCCACCGAGAAGAAAUAUGUAGAGACGACUGAAAGAAAUGGGGUCAGAACCAUUCGUUUGAGCGACUCUUCUUCGCGCAACUCCUUAUCGUUGGAGAUGCUGAAAACCCUGGUGAGAGAGAUCAAGAGGGACGAGGACAACAAGGACGUCCGGUCGAUCGUACUAACGUCUGAGCCAGGGAAGGUGUUUUCCGCUGGGCACAAUUUGAAGGAACUGACGGCUGUAAACGCCAAGUCCCACAGAGACGUAUUCGAGAUCUGUUCGGAGCUGAUGCGGGCCAUCAGUCAGAGCCCGGUACCGGUGAUUGCGGCGGUGGACGGUUUGGCAGCCGCAGCCGGCUGUCAAUUGAUCGCGGCCUGCGACAUCGCGGUGUGCACAGAAAGAAGUUCGUUCUCCACUCCAGGGGCGAAUCUCGGGAUAUUUUGCUCGACGCCGGGUAUACCGCUGGUGCGCAAUGUCCCAAGGAAGAGCGCGAUGUACAUGCUUUUCACAGGAUUGCCGAUUUCCGGCAGAGAAGCUUACGAGUGCGGUCUCGUUAGCAAAGUCGUGGCGAACGACAAGCUCGACGAAGAAGUUCGUCGAAUUACAGACGCAAUCAACACAAAAAGCCGUUCAGUCGUGCAUAUCGGUAAAACGUUCCUGUACGAGCAAAUAACUCUUGAUAUAUCGACAGCGUAUGCUCUGGGUACCGAGAAAAUGGUAAACAAUUUGAAAAUGAGAGAUGCGCAGGAAGGAAUACAAAGUUUUCUGGAAAAGAGAAAGCCCAAUUGGUCGCAUGACUAUGAGAAUAAUUAAUUAUAUCUAUGUAAUGUUUUUUUCAUAUGUAAAGAUUUUUUUUACAAUUAAUAUUAAUAUGA